AUGGAGAAUCAGCCACCUCUCACAUCACCGGAUGGUUCCAGUAAUGGGAACCCACCAGAGAGAUGUCCCCGUUCUCUGUAUUCCCCACAGGAAGAUCAGGAGAUCCCUCACCAUCAUCAGGACGAAGAAAUUAAAGACAUCAAAGCUGAGAUUAAGGAGGAAGAAGAAGAGACGCUUGUGAGUGGGGCUCAGCAGUCUAUAGAGGAGGAGAUGAUUAUAAAAAGUAAAAAGGAGGAAUCUGCUCAUUAUAUCAACACAAAUGAUCUCCAAGUAUCUCCAGAUUGUGAUGAAAAAAAAUAUUUUCCAGAAGUAAAUCCCAUCCCUCAAAAUAUUCACCACAGACCGGAUCAUAUGGAGACAGCGAGGGAUCUGUCUCAUCCUGAGGAACCUCCUGGCCAAUCACAUUCCUGUUCUGAGUGUGGAAAGUGUUUUACUCACAAAAGAAGCCUCUUAAACCACCAGAGAACACACACAGGGAAGCGUUCUUAUUCAUGCUCAGAGUGUGGGAAGUGUUUUACUCUUAAAGGAAAUUUUCAAAAUCACCAGAGGAGUCACACUGGGGAGGGUUCUUUUUCAUGUUCAGAGUGCGGGAAAUGUUUUACUCUCAAGGGAAACCUUCUAAAACACCAAAGAAUUCACACAAGGCAGCGUUCUUAUUCAUGUUCAGAGUGCGGGAAAUACUUUACCCACAAAGGAAACUUUCUAUAUCACCAGAGAAUUCACACAGGUGAGCGCCCUUAUUCGUGUUCAGAGUGCGGGAAAAGUUUUACUCGCAACACAAUCCUUCAAAAGCACCAGAGAAGUCACACAGGUGAGCGUCCUUAUUCAUGUUCGGAGUGUGGGAAAGGUUUUACUAUUAAAGAUAAACUACUUGCACACCAGAGAAGUCACACGAGCAAGCAUACUGUCUCCUGUGCAGGGUGUGGGAAAUGUUUCACUAGAAACGAAGACCUCAUUAGACACCAGAAAAUUCACACGGGUCAGCGUCCUUAUUCAUGUCCAGAGUGUGAAAAAUGUUUCCGUUGGAAAAUACAGCUUCUAAGACACAAGAUCACUCACACUGGUGACUAUCCUUAUUCAUGUUCAGAGUGCGGGAAACGUUUCGCUGCGAAAGGAGAACUUCUUACACACCAGAGAAUUCACACGGGCGAGCGCCCUUAUUCAUGUUCAGAGUGUGGGAAAUGUUUUAUUGCGAAACGAAACCUCCUUGCACACCAGAGAAUUCACACGGGUGUGCGUCCUUAUUUAUGCUCAGAGUGCGGGAAAUGUUUCACCGAAAAGGGAAAACUUUGUAUACACCAGAGAAGUCACACAGGUGAACGCCCUUAUUCAUGUUCAGAGUGCGGGAAAUGUUUCACCGUGAAAGGAAGCCUUCUUAGACACCAGAGAAGUCAUACGGGUGAGCGGCCUUAUUCGUGUUCAGAGUGCGGGAAAUGUUACGCUGUGAAAGGAGAUCUUCUUAUACACCAGAGAAUUCACACUGGUGAGCGUCCUUAUUCAUGUUCAGAGUGCGGGAAAUGUUUUAUUGCGAAACGAAACCUGCGUGCACACCAGAAAGUUCACACGGGUGUGCGUCCUUAUUCGUGUUCAGAGUGCGGGAAACAAUUCACUGUGAAAGGAAGCCUUCUUCUACACGAGAGAAGUCAUACGGGUGUGCGUCCUUAUUCGUGUUCAGAGUGUGGGAAGUGUUUCACUGCGAAAGGAAGCCUUCAUAAACACCAAAGAAGUCACACAGGAGAGCGUCCUUAUAAGUGUUCAGAGUGCGGGAAAAGUUUUGCCGUGAAAGAUGGCCUUCUUAUACACGAGAGAAGUCACACAGGAGAGAGUCCUUAUCCGUGUUCAGAGUGUGGGAAAAGUUUCACAGUGAAAGGAAAGCUUCUUAAACACCAGAGAAGUCACACAGGAGAGCGCCCUUAUGCAUGUUCAAAGUGCGAGAAACGUUUCACUGCGAAAAGAAACCUUCUUAAACACCAGAGAAUUCACACAGGAGAGCGUCCUUAAACCGUGUUCACAGUGAAACACUUCCCGCACUCUGAAAGACAUCCUUCUUAACCGGUUAAGACCCGGACCAUUAUGCAGGUUAAGGACCU